CUGGGGCGGAAGCGGAAGGGGCGGGGCUCCGCGCGCGGACUCUCUAUCCCUUGUGGGUCCCUGUUCAGCGCCCGGCCGUGUGGAGAGCCGGGAGCCAAUCCGGGCCUCCGAGGCGAAGAUGGUGGACUACAGCGUUUGGGAUCACAUCGAGGUGUCGGACGAUGAGGACGAGACGCACCCCAACAUCGACACGGCCAGCCUCUUCCGCUGGCGGCACCAGGCCCGAGUGGAGCGCAUGGAGCAGUUUCAGAAGGAGAAGGAGGAACUGGAUCGAGGCUGCCGUGAAUGCAAGCGCAAGGUGGCUGAGUGCCAGCGCAAGCUGAGGGAGCUGGAAGUGGCCGAGGGCGGUGGCCAGGUGGAGCUGGAGCGGCUGCGAGCCGAGGCGCAGCAGCUGCGUAAGGAGGAGCGGAGCUGGGAGCAGAAGCUGGAGGACAUGCGCAGGAAGGAGAAGAACAUGCCCUGGAAUGUGGACACCCUCAGCAAAGAUGGCUUCAGCAAGAGCAUGGUCAAUACCAAGCCUGAGAAGGCAGAGGAAGACUCAGAGGAGGCAAGAGAGCAGAAACACAAGACCUUCGUUGAAAAGUACGAGAAACAAAUCAAACAUUUCGGCAUGCUUCACCGCUGGGACGACAGCCAGAAGUACCUGUCAGACAACGUCCACCUGGUGUGUGAGGAGACAGCCAACUACCUGGUUAUCUGGUGCAUUGACCUGGAAGUGGAGGAGAAAUGUGCACUGAUGGAGCAGGUGGCCCACCAGACCAUGGUGAUGCAGUUUAUUCUGGAGCUGGCCAAGAGUCUGAAGGUCGACCCCCGAGCCUGCUUCCGGCAGUUUUUCACCAAGAUCAAGACCGCAGACCACCAGUACAUGGAGGGCUUCAAGUAUGAACUGGAGGCCUUUAAGGAGCGUGUUCGGGGCCGCGCCAAGCUGCGUAUAGAGAAGGCCAUGAAGGAGUAUGAGGAGGAAGAGCGCAAGAAGAGGCUAGGCCCUGGCGGCCUGGACCCUGUGGAGGUCUAUGAGUCCCUGCCAGAGGAGCUGCAGAAGUGCUUUGACGUGAAGGAUGUGCAGAUGCUUCAGGAUGCCAUCAGCAAGAUGGAUCCCACUGAUGCCAAGUACCACAUGCAGCGUUGCAUUGAUUCUGGCCUCUGGGUCCCCAACUCCAAGUCUGGUGAGGCCAAGGAGGGGGAGGAGGCGGGCCCCGGGGACCCAUUGCUGGAAGCCGUCCCCAAAGCGGGCAACGAGAAAGACAUCAGUGCGUGACCUGCCCCAGCCACUGCCACCGGCCUGCAGGCCUCUGUGGGCCCUUCUUCAGAAAAGGAAACCUAGACACCAUGUUCCUAGCUCCUGACUUCCUUUACUUCUGCUGCCCUUCACAUCCCAGCCCACGGCUUGCCCCAUGUCCCUCUCCCCCAGCCUGUCCCCAGCACUCAUCACACUUCCUGCUUCGGGUUGAGGGGCUCUACUGUCUGCAGCCCCUCCCCACCAAUCAGCGUUAUGCCAAAGUCCUGGGGGUCUGGGGAGGGGCAGCAGUUGCCAGGUCGGUCUACUGGGUUGGGGAUACACAUGUCCCCAGAUGGGCAGGGUCUGUCCCUAUGGGUCUGUGGUCACUGUUUUUCUUCUGUCUAGCUUUCUGUCCUGCAACUGGUAACAAUGUCUAAUAAACAGUUCCAGGUGCUGGAU